AUGCUCUCCCAUCUUCCUGUCCUUGCUCUCCUGUGGGCCCCCACACUCGCAACAAUCCCCAGCUUGCCUGGCUACCACGUCGUCUGGUCCGAUGACUUCAAUGGCGACCAUUACGCCGGCGUCGACCACAGCAAAUGGGUGCAAAUCGCCAAAUCCAACAACGCUAACGGAGAGGUGGAAACCUACACAUCGGGCACCGACAAUGUUCAUCUUUCGGGUGAUGGUCAGCUGUACAUCGUACCCACCAAGUCUGAUGGGAAAUGGUAUUCGGGCCGCCUUGAGAGCAACACUGCGCAGGUGUGCGACACUGGCGGCGCUAUGAUAUUUCAGUCCGAGCUUUGGGUUCCCGACUUUACCGGCAGCCCAGCCAAAUUUGCUGGUCUCUGGCCAGCCUUCUGGGCGAAAGGAAACAAUUAUCGUAGCAGCGGGGUCCCAUGGCCAAAAUGUGGCGAGUGGGACAUCUUCGAGGUGACGGAUAAGAUGAGCAACCAGAACCAGGGAACGCUGCACUUCCAGGACGCAAACGGCAAUCACAAUGGGGCAUUCAACGGCAGAGUAACCUACCAGGGAGGACAGUACCAUACUUGGGCGUUCAAGGUGGAUCGCCGCAACUCCGACUGGACGAAGCAAAGUUUGAUAUGGUAUCUGGACGGUGUUCAGUUCUACUCUGUUACGGGUGCCCAGGUCGGGACGUUCCAGCAGUGGGUACAGCUAGCCCAAAGCACAUACUAUAUCAUUCUGAAUGUGGCCGUUGGUGGAGGAUAUCCAGGAAAUCCAACCGCGAGUACUGUCAGUGGGUAUGAUGCUUCUAUGAGGGUCAAGUACGUGGCUAUUUAUAAGACCAAUUAA